CACAGGCAGUUGGCCCGAGGCUGCACCUGAGCGCCUGGAUCCAGAUCCCAACCGCUAAGAGCCCCUGGAUCCAAAUCCCAACCACCAAGAGACCCUGGGUGAAGCCUUGCCUCUGUCCACCCGGACACAGAUUGCAGAGUAUGGGGGAGCUGGGAUGCAGAGACCCUCAUGGCACCAUGGACCCAGAUAAUGACUCAGAGGGUGGCAACCUUUUCGAAGAUGCUUUCCAGUAUAUCCUGGACACAAUGAGCGAAGAAAAAUUGCUAUCCCUGAUAACAGAGGAUGAAGUCUUGGAGAAUCUUGAGGCUGAGAAGGAUUUUUCCAAGGAUGAGGGUCUUGGCAGUCCGAAAACAGAAAUGGAAGAAAAGGAAGACACAGAAAAUAAGGAGACAAUGCAAGAAAUGGACACCAUGGAAGGCAAAAGUGAAAACCAACAGGUUCAGGAGUUCAUGGAGAGGUUUUUGAAAGAGUUUCCUGAGGUGAAAAGCAAACUUGAGGGGCAAAUAGCACAGCUCCGGGCACUGGCAGACAAGGCCGACAAGGUACACAGAGACUGUACCAUCUCCAAUAUAGUGACCAACUCCGCCAACAUUGUGUCUGGCAUCCUGACCAUCAUUGGCAUGGGUCUGGCACCUGUGACGGCUGGGGCAAGUCUAGCAUUGUCAGCAACAGGGGUGGGACUGGGGAUGGCAUCUAAUGUGACAGGUGUGUGUACCGCCAUUGCGGAACACUCAAUCAAAUCCUCUAUAAAAACUAAAGCCAAUAAUUUGGAGUCAGUUAAAAUCAACACAGGGGAGAUAAUUAAGGAAGUUCUUCAGGAUGGUGCUCCAAAAGUUAUAUCUGUAGCAACUGGUUGUGCUAAAGAUGGAGAAAAGAUUAUGAAGAGCAUCAAUGCCAUCAAGUUGAUCCAAGCCAGCCCUAGGCUAGCAUCCCAAGUCACACGUUUCAUGAAUGCUGGGAAAGUAUCAAUCCAAAGUGGUGAUCAGGUGCAGAAAUUUUUUGAAGGCACGGUUCUGGCUAUGACCAAAUGAGCCCGUUUCAUGGGUGUGACCAUGGCAGGCAUCUCCAUUCUGACUGGUAUGGCCAGUCUUGUGAAAGAGUCAGUAGACUUGCAUAAGGGAUCAAAGACAAGUUCAUCUGAGAAAAUGAGGCAGGAUGCUCAGGAGUUGGAGAAGAAGUUGGAGGACCUCAUAGACUUUCAUGCAUAUCUGCUUGGUUCUGACUUUGUAACCCCAGAUGAGCAUGGGGAGCAGAGGCCCAUCCAGGAGAAAGGCAUGGAAACAACUUUUGGAGAAAAAAAGAGGGUGAGAUGAAGAUUAUAAAAUUGGUGUUAUGGCGUUUUGACAUUCAUGUCAAAGUAUGCAGAGACAGGCAAUGCGUAAGGAUGGUGAGUCAAAGACAAAUCAGGAACAUGGAAUCUGAAAUAAGGGAGGGGAGGAGGACUAGAGAGUGUAGGGUUAAUGGAGAAACUAUUUUGGACCAAGGAAGACUUCAGGGCAUGAAUAAAGAGGCUUGGAGAAUGCACCAGGAGGGGCGAACAAUAUGAAUGAGUUGAAAAUGGGGAGAAAAUUGGAGAGCAACAAUGCUUUGAGUAUGGAUUACAACAAAGGUGAUUCCUCUUUUGACGCUCCCCAUG